AGAACGGGAGAGGGAGAGGGAAAGGGAGAGAGAGAGGGAGAGGGAACGAGAGAGGCUGGAGAAUGAGAGGUUGGAAAGAGAAAGAGAGAGGGAAAUGCAGGCUGCAGGUCUAGAUGUCUGUGGGAACAUUGUGGGACGAGGAGCCAACGAGAAGAACGGUGUUAUCAUGAACCAGCACCAGCACAGAGAGAUGGCCGCCAUCAGAAAUGACAGUGAGAACAAUCCAACUGGCCACAACCCUCCAAACCACAACCCGCCCAAGAUUAUGCCAGUAUCCGGAAAACUAGAGCAGGCGAUGCAGAACAACUCAGGCCUCGUUCGUCCCUCUGCCUUCAAGCCGGUGGUUCCCAAGAGCUUCCACUCCAUGCAGAACCUGGUAGGGCAGGCAGGAGGAGCUGGGAGCGAGGGCAAGGCUGAGGCGAGGGGUGAGGGCUUCAGUGAGGGCAGAGGUGGCAGGAGAGGCAGGGACGGAGGAGGAGGAGGGGAGUCAGGAGAGGUCCCGGAGGCCCUGCUCCUCGACCAGGACAGCCCAGUGAGGGUCAGCAGAAGUGAGGGCGUGGGAAAUAGCAAUGAGGUGGUUCAGGGAGGGAUGUCGGACUCAGGGAGGAACUCCCUGACCAGCCUGCCUACCUAUACAGGCUCGGGGUCUGGUUGUGGGCCCCCCGCAGUCCUGGGGCCUCUUAGUGCUUCCACCAGCCACAUCAACAGGUUGGGCAUGGCUGGGGCAGCUGCAGGCCUGGACAAGCUGGAAAAGCCUGGAUACCAGAAUGGACUGAGCGCCUCAGACAGUGGCCGCUCCUCAUCAGGAAAGAGCUCCUCGUCCUAUCAAAGGCUGAGCCACCUGAGUGAUGCUCCAGCACCUCUGCGGCCCUCCCCUUCCUCUGAUGACAUCAUCCAAGACUUGGAGGAUCGCUUAUGGGAGAAAGAGCAAGAGGUGCAGCAUAUGCGACGAAACCUGGACCAAAGUGAGGCAGCGAUUAUUCAGGUGUUUGAGGAGAAGCAACGUGUCUGGGAGCGGCAGAUGGAUGAACUGAGACAGAAUUACGCCUCACGGCUGCAGCAGGUCACACGUCGUGCUCAGCGCUCCCAGACUGCCUUGCAGGCCCAGAUAUCCCGUCUAUCCCAGGACAAGAGGAGGCUGCAGGAGGAGAUGGCUGCUCUGCUCGCCCAGAGAGAGGAGCUGGAGAGAAAGUGUCUGGAUUAUAGGAAGGAGCAGGCUGACAUCUUACCUCGUCUGGAGGAGACUAAGUGGGAGGUGUGUCAGAAAGCAGGUGAGAUUUCCCUGCUGAAGCAGCAGCUGAGGGAGAGCCAGGCCGAGGUCACCCAGCGAGCAGGAGAGAUGGUGGCCCUCAGAGGCCAGCUGAAGGAGCUCAACGCCCAGCUGAGGGAGCGGGAGGAGGCCAUGCUGGGCCUGAAGGACUCCUAUAGUACCAAGAGUCUGGAGCUGGAGAAGUGUGAGGGAGAGCUGAGACGGACUCUGUCAGAGGUGUCCAUCCUCAGAGAGAAGUUGGGCGUAUUUGAGGCAGAGGUGCUUAGUUUAAAGCGGGCUUUGAGUGAAGUGAGCAGGGGCGCAGAAGUUGUUGUGAGCCCAAACUUAGCUGCAGCGGGGUUGUUGCCUCCCUGGGGAGUUGUUCACUGUCCCCGUAACCCAACUGAACCCUCAACCAGCUCCCUCACACCCACCUCUGACACCCUGCUGAGCCUUCAAAGUGAUGAAGCCAAAGCCCAGCGGCAGGAAGCUCAGAGGCAAGAGAGGCAGCAACGUGAAGAAGCGCAGUGGCGUGAUGUGCAGCAGCGGCAAGACGCCCAGAUGCCGCAAGAUAUGCAGAUCCGACCAGAGGCCCAACUUCGCCAAGAUGCUCAACUACGUCAGGAGGCUCACCUUCGCCAUGAAGCUCAAAUACGUCAAGAGGCCCAGCUCCGACAGGAAGUGCAGCUGCGUCAAGAGGCUCAACUUCGCCAGGAGGCUCAACUCCGCCAUGAGGCCCAACUUCGUCAAGAAGCCCAGCUCCGUCACGAUUCCCAAAUUUGCCAGGAGGUACAGCUGCGACAGGAUGCUCACCAGCCUCAGCGAGUCCAGGAGGGUCACUGGGACGAGGCAGGGGAGCUACGUAGACAGCUAGAGCAGCUACAGGCGGCACUACGUCUGGAGCGGCAGCAACGGGAGCGUCAGGCCCUCAACUUCGACCAGGAGCGACACACUUGGCAGGAUGAGAAAGAACGCGUUUUGAAAUACCAGGCUCAGCUGCAGCUCAGCUAUGUGGAAACACUGCAGAAGAACCAAGCUCUGGAAAAACGAAUGAGCCAGUUGGGAACCAAACCAACCACAACCUCGACCACCACCACUACAACUACCACCACAACAUCCCCCUCCUCGUCAAAUUCUCCACCUCCAGCACUAGCCCUCUCACCUCUGUCUCCUCAGCCUCCUCCCUCUCUGCCUGGUCCUAUUGCUCUCACGCUCUCUCCACCCUGUGAAGACCAGAAGGGUCCACCUUCUCUCCACCAACUUGCCCCUCCCUGGGCAGGACCAUCUCGCCUGGAGAGGAUAGAAUCCACUGAGAUUUAAAGACAUCAUCAUCCCAGUCUAAAACACAGAUUACAAGGCCUCUGACACGAAACAACUUCAGCAUAAUAUUAGAAAAACAUUUCAUCCUAUACUCAAACCAAUCAGCACAGAGUGACAUACUUUUCAAAGUAAUUACGGACACAAAGCAGCAGUAAAGGCCGACUGUAAAAUGUAACAUACUGUAGCUGUAAAAAGCAGAUCCUCUAGACAUAAGUUGAGCUACACUCAAUUUAUCAGUGAUUUUUCAACCUCCUAAGCAGCCUUUCGCUUAAUAAUUGCACAUUCAACAUAAUCAGUGUUCAUGAAAAGUGUGCCACACUGAUUGAUGGGAGAAAACAAAAUAUUAAAUGACAAUGUUUUGAUUACAGCACUAAGACAGGGUCAUCGAACGCCCAUGCUAGAAAAGGACCAAGACAAUCAGGGAUAUUGUCAAAAAUGAUCAACAAGAAUAUUAUGCGGUAUUUAUUAAUUGUAAGUCUGUGUCACUGGUAAUGUAAAAGUAGAAUUAGUGGUCAGAGUGUGUGAUGUUACCUUGCAUUUUUGGCCAGAGAGCGCCUUACUCCAUUUUUUCCAGCAUGAUAUAAGAUAAUAACUAAUGCUGGGAAUAGAUGAAAAAAAUCAAGUGUGAUUAUCAUUUCCAGUGCUUUAACUGUACAUCAGCAAACAGGUCACAUCUUAUUGCACACGACUGGACUAUUUCACGAUUCUUGAUUGCAUUUCAUUUCCUGCACAGGGUCCAACAUGCAUGACCCAUCUAAAUAUAUCAUUAAGACAAACAGAGUUUAUAUUUUCUACAAACUGACUUAAAUUAAUAUGUUUAACAGAUAAUCAACCCCAACUAAAUAUGUUUUAAGACAUUGUACAACCUGGUUCAGCUUCAAUGCAAGGUCCCUGCAGUGAGUAAGAAUGAACACUAGAGGUCGUUAAAGACCUUUGACAGUGAUCCCACCGAAACAUUAAGUAUUGAACUGGGAAAGAGUGCAAUGAAACCACAAAUGGAAGCACACAAUGUGAAUUUGGUUACUAGUGUUGUUGUAUCAUUCACCUGGUGCAUUUACAGCCAAGAAAUAAGAGAAAGCAGUCAGUAUCCCCAAAGUUUAAAAACAUUUUAUAGAAUGUAUGAUAUAGUAGAAAGAAAUACUUAUAAUAGUUAUAGAUUGUAAAUGUGUGUGUGGGAGUGUGUGAGGGAGUGCGCAUGAGUGUAUACAUAUGAAAAGCUUCAGCUUAUGAGAUUGAGGAUAGAGGGACUAGUGGCAAUACAGCAAGUGAAGAUAUAUUAAAAGUAAAGGGGUUUUGGGAUGGGGGGGCUUUACGUACAGUACAAUGUACAUCAAAGCUUGAUACAAGAGCAGUGAGACUGAACAUUUCACACAACAGGAGUCUGUAUAUCCUACUGGAAAACUCUUCUUUCUUCUGUAUAGUUCGUUUAGACUGAGCAGAGGAGAGAAAGGUUACGAAAAUAAAAGAAAAAAAAACAAAAAAGUAAAAAGUCUGCCUCUUUAAAUGGAGCAUUCAGGCUAACUGCACUAUGUAGUGUCCUACACACAAGUUAUGAUGUACAGUAGACUCAGAUGUGAAUAUCAUGGCUUUUAUAUGUGUUGUUUAUGCCAGCAUACAAAGAUGUUGCUCAAGAAUAUUAACUUAUCUCUAAGGUAUUACAUAGUAUUAUCAUCUUUAUUACUGUUAUUAUAUUAUGGUGAACUGACAGAGAAAAUAUGUGCCAUUUGAGCUUUCUUUUAUGUGUUUUUUUUAACUGUGUAGAUAGCCUAUUAUUGGCCUACCAUAAUGGUGCAAUCAUAGCAACCCUGUCCAAAAAUGAUGUUCCUUUUAAUGUAGUUGAUAAAUGUAGUUACAGUAUUGCAUUGUUUAGAGAACAAAAUGCUACUGAUUUUAUACAUGUUUCAAAAUUAUUGUUUGCAUUUAUGUUACUAGUAUUGUUCUGGCUUGAUUAAACCACCCCUUUGUUAAAAUUCAGCAGAACUAAUAAAGAUAUGUGAAUAAUUCAGCA